AUGGAAGCGUUGCUGUAUUGCGAAUUUGAUAAUCUCAAGGGCUCAAUGAUCAUGUAUCAAUACCCGAAAAUGAGAAUUUCUAAUGAAUUGUUUGAAACCUACUCGGAAUUUGUAAUUACAAAAACUAAAUUGUGUGGAAAAAUUGUAUCGUUCAAACAUGAACAUUUAAUAUUUAUCGGAGUUCCUCAAUGCAUCGAAGGCUCUAAAUAUGAAAGAAAUGCUCUAUUAUUUAAUUUAGUUUUCGUAUUGGAUAGCACAAAAUUAAAAAGAGAAUUUCCACCUGAAUGUUUUAAAUCUAUUGCAUCCAAAAUGUCUUAUUAUUUACGAAAUUUAGAGCUGGAAUCUGAGUAUUUAUUUAAAUUGAGCUCCAAACAAAAUCUACAAAAUAUUCUCGAGCAGAUCUAUACUGAUUUAACUUCAAAGCAAGAAACAUCAAUAAUUAUUGAUUCAGCUCAUUCUAUUCAUUUGAAAUUAAUACCGUUACUGAAAAAGCCAGAGACGGUUCAUUCACAUGAUGUACCAAUGCCAAUCAGAAAUAUUCAACAAUUACUUGCUCAACAAUCAGGUUCCUGGGAUAUGACUUUAUCACAAAUUGUGCCCUAUAUUAAUGGCAUAUCAUUUGUGAAACAAAUUGCAAUUCAAAGCAAUGUACACAUAGAAAUUGUGAAAAAGAGUUUGCAGCAUUUACUUUAUUUUGGAUGUAUCAAAAUGGUAGAUAUUUUCCAGUAUUGCAAUAUGUAUGCCAUACGAAAUCCCAAAAUAUUUAGCCAAUUACUUUCUAACCACGAACUUCAAGAAGAGCUAUUUCACUAUUGCUGUUCAGGGUUAGAAAAAUCAUCAAUUCCUUUUGAAGGAUCUCAAAUUUUGCACAAUAUUCUUCAAAUUUAUUGUAAAUUCAAACCAGGAGUUAGACUCCAAGACAUUCUCGACAAGUACCACCAUAUUUGCCAAUAUAUCAAUCCAAAGUGUCUCAUAACCUUUGGUUUGAUCAAAGGAUUUCUCACUCGUGUUCAUGAAUAUCCUAUUCUAAUGAAAGAGGAAAGAAAUUUAGUGCAAACAGAAAUGGAUGGAAAUAAUGACCAGUCAGAGCAUGAUCAUUUGUCACACGGCCUAUCUCCAUCAUCUUCAACCACUUUCACAGUAAUUACUAGGCCAAGAAGAUCCUCUCAACCCAUACAGGUCGUCAAUAUGGAUAUCUUACGGCCCUAUCUCAACGGAAAAUUCUGCAUGGACGCCAUUUGUUGUGAGUUGGAAAUCACACGAGCUGAGUUAUUGAAAUCAUUGGAUCAAUUUGACCAUGUUCAAAUCAUUAAUCGUUGA